ACUUAUAACAUUCAUCAUCACAUUUCUCUACUUCUCGUCUAACUUAUUCUAGCUAAGCUAAUUGCACCCUCAAAUAAUGCAGCUAUUUCCAAGUCUUCUUCUGUACUUGAUCCUCACUUCAAUCAGCUUGCUUGCUUCUCCCAUACAAUCACAUUCUUCCGGCUUCACCACCAACCUGAUUCAUCGCGAUUCUCCCCUUUCCCCAUACUAUAAUCCAUCGAAGUCCUAUUAUGAAAUCCUCCGCAACUCGAUUCACCGAUCCAUGACCAGAUCAUCACACAUUUUUUCAUCUCAUCCACCGACCAUACAAUCUCCUCUGACAGCAGUCCCGGGAGAAUACCUCAUGAAAAUCUCCGUGGGAACGCCUCCUCGGGACUUCCUAGCUGUGGCUGACACCGGCAGUGACCUCACAUGGAUACAGUGCAAGCCAUGCCAUGUAUGUUACCAUCAAAACAUUCCUUUAUUCGAAACCAAAAAAUCUUCCACUUACAAAAAGCAGCAUUGCCGAUCAAAAGCCUGUCAAGCCUGGCAGCCAGAUACUUCUUGUGAUCACAAAAACUUCUGCAGAUAUACCGCGCAAUAUGGAGAUGGAUCAGUGAGUAGAGGUGAUUUUUCCUUCGAGUCAUUCACAUUCGAAUCACCUUCGGGCAAACGUUUCGUGUUCCCCAAUGUUACUUUUGGUUGCGGACACUAUAGCACUGGGAACUUCGACGAAUCAUUUGAUGGCAUUGUUGGUCUUGGGAAUAGUUAUGUGUCAAUUGUUAAUCAGUUGAGUGAUACUACGAAAGGCAGAUUUUCGCAUUGUAUGGUGCCUCUAAAAUUCAAUGUGUCCAGCAAAAUCAGCUUCGGAAGUAAGGCGGUCGUAUCCGGACCAGGAGUCCAGUCGACUCCGAUUUUCACAAAAAAUCCCCCCAUUUUCUACAAUCUUAACCUCGAGCGUGUGACCAUUGGAGGUAAAAAUCUUGAAUUCGAGACGAAAAAUUACACAAACAAGGCCAGUGACGGAAAUGGUAACAUAAUUAUCGAUUCAGGCACCACAAUAACAUUUUUACCGGAUAAAUUCUACCAGAAGAUUGAAGAUGCAGUGAAGAGAAUUAUACCUGCGAAGCCAGUUAAAGGAGAGCAGGGUUUAAGGCUCUGCUACAAGAAUGAGAAGGGUUUUAAAGAAAAGGUGCCAACCAUGACAUUUCAUUUUACAGGAGCAGAUUGGGAGUUAGGUGGGGUGAACAUGAUGUUAGAUAUGAAAGAUGGUGUGCUCUGUCUUGCUAUGUUACCAGGUGAUUUCGCAAUUUUUGGGAAUGUGCAGCAGAUGAAUUAUCUGGUAGGAUACGAUCUGGAUGCCAAGACCUUGUCCUUCAAGAGAACUGAUUGCAGACAUGCAUGAAGUUGGUUUAAUUACUUAUGUGUAGCAUUUAUCAUGUUCUCAUCAACCAGAAUUUGAUAUGAACAAUAAAUAUUCCCUCUGCUCCUUUGUGAGCAUCUCUAGCAAUGUCUCAAUAGA